CUCCCAGAGCCAGUGGUGUAACAUUGUGUCUCCUGAAUGCUCGGGACAAUCUGUUUUCUGGAAGAGACAGUAUUAUCUUCCAUAAGAGACUCAGCCAUUCAUCCAGAGAACGCAAUCAGAAAGCAUCACCCAUUAAUUGUUUGUUUGUUUGUGCGCGUGUGUGUGUGUGUGUGUGAAUUGUUCAUUACUGCGGGGUCAUGGGGGAACAUGUUUGGUGCAAAGUCCCAUUUAGAAACCUCAACUAUCUUUAUACACGUCUCCCUUACUCUGUCCAUUCUGAAGAACCUGAUCUUGAGUGCAGGCUAGCAUGAGUGUGGAGAAGAAAGAACCCCGGCAGCCAUGCUGCUCCAAACUAAAGAUGUUUCUGGCCUCCUUGUCCUUUGUCUACUUUGCCAAAGCAUUACAGGGCAGUUACAUGAAAAGCUCAGUUACACAGAUUGAGAGACGGUUUGACAUUCCCAGCUCCCAAAUUGGAUUCAUUGAUGGAAGCUUUGAAAUUGGCAACCUGUUGGUGAUUGCAUUUGUGAGUUAUUUUGGAGCAAAACUUCACAGACCCAGACUGAUUGGAAUAGGAUGUUUGAUCAUGGCUAUUGGCUCCUUCAUCACUGCCCUGCCUCACUUUUUCCAGGGACCGUACAAGUAUGAGACAACAAUCACACAUUUCUCUGAGCCCAAUGAGACUAAAUCCAUUUUCCCAUGUCUUCCAACUGGGAGCCAUUCACAAGAGGAUGAAUUUAGCACAGCUGAGAGUCAGACAGAGUGUGAGAAAACGGCAGGAUCCUCUUUAUGGAUCUACGUGUUUCUGGGUAACAUGCUACGAGGGAUUGGAGAGACUCCAGUGAUGCCUCUUGGACUGUCUUACAUGGAUGACUUUGCCAGAGAAGAAAACACAGCUUUCUACCUUGCAUGUAUACAGACUUUUGGUAUCAUGGGGCCUAUGGUUGGCUUUAUGCUGGGUUCCCUCUGUGCCAAAAUCUAUGUCGAUAUUGGAGCUGUGGACAUAGACAGCAUCUCAAUUAACCACAAAGACUCACGCUGGGUGGGAGCCUGGUGGCUUGGCUUCUUGGCUACUGGUGCUGUGAUGUUACUGGCAGGAAUCCCAUUCUGGUUCCUGCCCAGGUCACUGCCUAAACAAGGAGAGGGCAAUUCCAGGAAAAGCCAAGAUGUCCAUCAGAGCGAGCAAGAUACUUGUAUCCCUGUGGAGAGCAAAAACAGCCCACCAUCUGAGAAAGCUGACCCGGUCAACAUGGUUGCCAUGGCCAAAGAUUUCCUACCAUCUUUGAGGAGACUUUUCAGUAACCCUGUUUACGUGCUUAUCAUCUGCACCGGUUUGGUCCAUGUCAACUGCUUUAUUGGAAUGAUCACGUUUAAGCCCAAAUACAUGGAGCAGAUUUAUGGCCAAUCUCCAUCCAAGGGUAUCUUAAUGAUAGGCAUUAUGAAUGUGCCUGCUUUGGCCUUGGGGAUCAUCUUAGGAGGUGCGGUGAUGAAAAAGUUCCAACUGAGCGUGCUUGGUGCAGCCAGAAUAACCAUUUCCACCUCUUUUCUCGCUUUUAUUCUCAUGCUGAGCCAGUACUUCCUGCACUGUGGAAAUACACAGGUGGCAGGGCUCACUGUGUCCUAUGAGGGCUUUCCAAAUGUUUCCUCCCAGCAGCAGAGUUUGUUAUCCCAGUGUAACUCAGGGUGCUCCUGCUCUCUAAAACACUGGGACCCAGUAUGUGCCUACAAUGGCCUGACAUAUUCCACACCCUGCCUUGCAGGCUGCCAGAGCUCCACUGGAUUCGGCAAGGAGAUGGUCUUUCACAACUGUUCAUGUGUUGCUGAGGCACCGAUGCCUAGUAUGAACAUGUCUGCUGUGUUGGGUCAGUGUCCACGUAAGGACAACUGUGACUACAUGUUUAAGAUUUACAUGGCGGUGACUGUAAUAGGGGCCUUUAUCUCAGCCAGUGGAGCCACUCCUGCUUACAUUGUUCUCCUCAGGUCUAUCCAGCCAGACCUGAAGUCUCUGGCUCUUGGAAUGCAGACGUUAAUAGUCAGGACCCUGGGUGGAAUCCCUCCUCCAAUAUAUUUCGGAGCCUUGAUUGACAGGACGUGUCUGAAGUGGGGAACAAAGCGAUGCGGAGGCCGAGGUGCAUGUCGACUCUACAAUGCUGAUGCUUUUAGAGUGACUUUCUUGGGCCUCAUCUAUGGCCUGUCCUCUCUGGCCCUUCUGCUGUGGGCGUUAUUAUUCAAUAGACUAUCACACCGCCAACGGCAGCUGGCACUGCAAAACCAGGCAAAAGCCACAGAGCCAGAAGCCAACAACAUGGCCAGGGAUAAUGGAAAUGCCUCGUUGGCUUUUGUGAAGUGCAAGGAAGAGCUGGAUAGAGAGACCAGUAUCUGAAUUCUUGUGUGGCAAAAACAGACAUGUUCUUUAAGCUCUAGUCAUGCUGAUUAAAUGAUGAAUAUCUUGUACAGUGUAGAGUUUGUGAUGUGAGCUGUUCUGUGCUAGAAAUUCUCUUACAAGUUGUAUCCCAAGAUUGGAUUACUGUUGCAUUACCUGGUCAGUAAAACAAUCAGUAUUCGUAAAUGUGAAAUAUUUAGUGAUAUCUUUUCAUGUUUGUAUUUGUAUUUUAAUUGUUUUAUAGAGUUCAAGAUUAUAAUGCAGUGAGAAGUGAUUACAAGUGAAUGAGUGGACUUUUACAGACAAUACUUUUGACCUUAACCUUUAUGUUCUUUUACAUGAUUUUAAAAUUGCUAUUAAACCACACAAAGAAUAUUAUAUAUCACGAGCCAAUAGAAUAAUAACCAGAAGUGACAAGAAAGGUGAGUGUUUAAAUCCGUGUACUUCUAAAAGAAAAAAAUGUAUUAAUGCCUAUCAUUUUAUUUUCAUGCUUCAACUUACUAUAUUUGAUAAUUUCUGUAGUAAAACUAUAAUCAACUGAAACAGAAAAAAAUGUUGGUCUGUUUAGCUGAGAGAUUUUUUUUCCACAAGGCUGGAGUUGGGCAUACAUACACCUAGGCUAAAGACAUUAAAACUCAAUUUUUCACAACUCCACAGAA